AUGGAGCCCCGGGCAGUUGCGGAUGCCGUGGAGACGGGGGAGGAGGACGUAGUUAUGGAGGCUUUGCGCGCGUACAACCGGGAGAACUCCCAGAGUUUCACGUUUGAUGAUGCGCAACAGGAGGAUAGGAAGAGACUGGCGAAGCUGCUUGUCUCAGUCCUGGAGCAGGGCCUGCCACCCUCCCGCCGCGUCAUCUGGCUGCAGAGCAUCCGCAUCCUGUCCAGGGACCGCAGCUGCCUGGACUCCUUCACCAGUCGCCGGAGCCUGCAGGCUCUUGCCUGCUAUGCUGGCAUCUCCGCCUCCCAGGGGUCGGUCCCUGAGCCGCUGAACAUGGAUGUUGUACUUGAGUCCCUUAAGUGCCUGUGCAAUCUCGUGUUAAGCAGCCCCGUGGCACAGGUGCUGGCAGCAGAGGCGGGGCUAGUGGUGAGGCUUGCAGAGCGCGUAGGACUGUACCGCCAGAGCAGCUUCCCGCACGACGUCCAGUUCUUUGACUUGCGUCUGCUCUUCUUGCUAACUGCACUCCGCACCGACGUGCGCCAGCAGCUGUUUCAGGAGCUGCAGGGAGUGUGCCUGCUGACCAGGGCGCUGGAGCUGACGUUGGGAAUGACUGAGGGCGAGAGGCGCCCUGAGCUCCUGCCUCCCCAGGAGACUGAGCGAGCCAUGGAAAUCCUCAAAGUGCUCUUUAACAUCACCUUCGACUCCAUUAAGAGGGAGGUGGAUGAGGAAGACACUGCCCUAUAUCGGCACUUGGGGACCCUUCUGCGGCACUGUGUGAUGGUUACUGCUGCUGGAGACCACACAGAGGAGUUCCACGGCCACGCAGUGAACCUCCUGGGGAACUUGCCUCUCAAGUGUCUGGAUGUUCUUCUCACUCUGGAGCCACACGAAGGUUCCUUGGAAUUCCUAGGAGUGAACAUGGAUGUGAUUCGUGUCCUCCUUAGCUUCAUGGAGAAGCGUCUUCAUCAGACACACAGGCUGAAGGAAAGCGUGGCCCCCGUGCUGAGCGUGCUGACAGAGUGUGCCCGCAUGCACCGCCCCGCCAGGAAGUUCCUGAAGGCCCAGGUGCUGCCCCCGCUGCGGGACGUGAGGACCCGGCCUGAGGUGGGGGAGCUGUUACGGAACAAACUGGUUCGCCUCAUGACACACCUGGACACUGACGUGAAGAGGGUGGCGGCCGAGUUCCUGUUUGUGCUGUGCUCUGAGAGCGUGCCCCGCUUCAUCAAGUACACAGGCUAUGGAAAUGCCGCCGGCCUCCUGGCUGCUAGGGGCCUCAUGGCAGGGGGCCGGCCUGAGGGCCAGUACUCAGAGGACGAGGACACAGACACGGACGAGUACAAGGAAGCCAAGGCCAGCAUAAACCCAGUGACUGGAAGGGUAGAGGAAAAGCCACCCAACCCCAUGGAAGGCAUGACAGAGGAGCAGAAGGAGCAUGAGGCCAUGAAGCUGGUGAACAUGUUUGACAAGCUUUCCAGGCACAGGGUCAUCCAGCCCAUGGGGAUGAGUCCCCGGGGUCAGCUCACAUCCCUGCAGGAUGCCAUGUGUGAGACCAUGGAGGGGCAACUUUCCUCGGACCCUGACUCGGACCCUGACUGA